CUCACCGAUCGGCAUCCGUCUGGCUUUCUUCUUAUGCGACGACGGACCUCUCUUCAGCUCAUCGGACUGUUAUGCGUUGUUGGCAUUGCUGCUCAUCUUUACUUCACUCCCGCGUCUCGCUAUCGGUCACCAGCAGACUUUGAGGAGCCUGGGUUUGGGAGCGGGGAAAUAGUGGAAGAAGAAGAGAGGGAAUCGACAAUACCAAGGCUACCAGCGGAUAAGCCGAAACGCGACGCGGUUGUCGCUGCUUUCAAACAUGCUUGGUCCGCCUAUGCACGCGACGCAAUGGGUGCUGACGAGUACCAUCCAAUAAGCCACAGAGGAACCAAUCUUUCUCGAAGCGGAGGCAUAGGCUACACUGUUGUUGACGCACUUGAUACGAUGCUUCUCAUGCGGCUCGAUAAAGAGUAUACGCAAGCCAGCGAAUGGGUCAGGAAUUCCCUUACCUUCGACCGAGAUGGGAGGGACAGGUGCUUCAAUACUUUUGAGACAACAAUACGCGUUCUUGGAGGCCUUCUUUCCGCUUACCAUCUGUCUUCCGACAAAAUGUAUCUCAAUUAUGCAACUGACCUCGCUGACCGACUUCUCCCGUCCUUCAACACACCCUCGGGACUCCCUCAUUCUUCAACUAACCUCCAACUGCGGGUUGGAAUUCCUGACGGGUCUGUGAGCACUGCGGAAGCAACAACACUCCAGCUCGAGUUUCGUUAUCUAGCGGAACAGACAGGGAACAAGGAAUACUGGUACAAGGUCGAGAAAGUGAUGCAGGUUGUGGACAAGGCAAAACUACCCAAUAACUUGGUUCCGAUCUCCAUGAAUUCGAACGACGGGUCCUUUACGCCGUCAGAAAUACGAUUAGGGUCGCGUGGAGAUUCAUAUUAUGAAUAUCUUCUGAAGCAGUAUCUGCAGACCGCUCGGACGGAGCCGGUUUACCUCAGAAUGUACCAAGAUGCGAUGGCUGGAAUUCAUAAGGAACUCAUCCGACAAACACCCAAACGCAAAGUCUGGUAUACGGCGGAACUCAUUCCUGGAGGGGGUGGAGGGGACUGGAGGACAUCAUGGUCGCUUCAACACAAACAAGACCAUCUUGUGUGCUUCCUCGGCGGAUCACUUAUGCUAGGCGCAACUACAGUUCACCUGGCAGAACAUCAUCGGCAGGCCAAACGCGCACCAGCUCUGUCUCGUUCUCCACAUUCUGGCCCAUCCAGACCUCCUCAUAUGAGCGAACUAAGUGAAAUAGGGAAGAGGGACUGGAAUGCUGGCGUGAAAUUGCUAGAUGGGUGCAUGGAAACACAUAAAACAGCAACUGGAAUGUCUCCCGAAAUCGCUAUGUUUCUUCCUGAUCCAGGUCAACCAGAGCGCGAGUGGCAUAUCAAGGGCUCCAAACCUGGUGGACCCGCAUCCUACGAUGCCCGUUAUAUGCUCCGACCCGAGACCACCGAAUCACUUUUCCUUGCUUGGCGUCUUACGGGUGACCCCAAGUACCGUGACCACGCAUGGGGAAUAUUUCAGGCCAUUGAACAACAUGCUAAACUGCCGGGAGGAGGUUACGCAACGGUGCUCGAUGUGGAUACAGUCCCUGCAAGGCUGGACGACAAGCAGGAAACAUUCUUCCUGAGCGAGACCCUCAAAUACUUGUACCUCACUUUCGCGGACGAGAGUGUACUGCCGUUAGAAGAUUAUGUCUUCAACACAGAGGCCCAUCCCCUCCCUGUGUUCAAGCCGACGAUAAAGCCUCGAUUUACACUCUAA